AUGACGUCACUUCCGCCUGCCACCUGUAAGAUGGCGACUCUCAGUAGAAGGUUGCUGUGUACCUUCACUUACGUUCUCAGGUAUCCUACUGGGGGUUCUAAUAGAGAACGUUGGGAUUCAUUCUUUGUUAUAUGUGAAUUUGAAGUUGUAGUGUGCAAGGAGAGGGAAUGGGUGGUAUCCAUGUAGGUGUACUUGUUACAUGUCAUCUGUGUGUUUCCUGUAUUCGAGGGACACUGGUUACUGUUUGUUUCAUCAUAUUAACUUUAGCUAUAAAGGCAUUCGCAGUAGGCUGAGGCGUACUUUCUCUUAACACGCCUUGAAGUGACUAGCUCUGCUAUUGAUGUUUUCUGUGUGAAUAUCAAUCUUCUCACAAUAUAAACUGUAUAUCUAAACAUACGAUGGUGUUUGCGAGUGUAAAGGUGGACACAAACUUACUGGGAGAUAAUAGUGUCAGCUUAGUGUUUUGUUAAUGUUUACAGUAAUGCUUUGCUUUUUGUUUAUUUUUCAGGCAAAACUUCCCCAUUCUCCGAAGAGGAAACUACAUUAAUAUACUCAGAAGUUCAUGGCUCAAAAUAAUUCCCGUGGGUGUUGGUACAAGCCUAUGUGCAGUUCCUGUUGGGCAGGUGAUGUAGCAUUUCAGAAAUAUUGUCUUAUUAUUAAAAUAAACAUUUUAUGUUGUGUUGCUAUUGUAGAAUGGGUAAUUUUAUAAUCACACCACAAUUGCAUAAGGCAUUCUGUCCAACUAUAGAAAUAUUGUUAUUGUACAGAUAUAGGGGUAUAUAUUUACAUAUUUGGGAAUUACGUACAAUAUUUUGUAUAUAGGAAGAAACAGACAAAGUUGGAUAUCUUUCGACCUAUAUGGUCUGUUUGAAUCAAAUUUAAAAGCUUAUGUUAAAGGAACACUCUAAGUACCAUAAUCACUGCAGCUUGUUAUUGUGAUUAUGGUGCUAGCAGACUGCUUUCCCUUCCCCUGUUUUUGAGCAGUUUGACACAAGCCAAGGGUUCCCAAUGUGCAUUUGGCCGAUGAUGCAGAAGACACACCUUUUAAUGAGCAGUUAGAAUGUUGUUCCUAGUUAGAUAGCAUUGAUUGUCAUCUGACCCUUAGACAUUCUCAGCCAAUCACAGACAUUCCAAGUUGGAUGAAAUUGAGAUGUCCUGUGGGGACAUGUAGCUUCUACAGCAGCAAUACAAAUAGGAAAGGCCAGGCUGAGGCCUUUUGUUUGUCUAAUCACUGAAACAGUUUGAUACCAAACUGGCAAACUUUGCAACAAUGGGCUGUAGUGGUUAGGGUGCUUGUAUUAUUUGCUCUCAAAUUAAUUUUCCAUUCCAAAUUGAUGGCUGUAUUUUGAGGUAACUGUUGCAGCUAAGCUUUUAAAAAUGCAGACUGAAUGGCUAAUUAUUGUCUUGAAACUUUUUUGUCUUGUUUAUUAUUUUAUUUACUCUCAUCAGUUCUGGUUGUAGACUGUAAUUGAACCACAUUUUAGUAUGCUUGUAGUUCUUUACUCUAAACUAUGUGUGUAUAUAAUGUAUGUAUCUAUGAAUGAAUAUAUAUACUACACCACAUACUAUAAACUCUGUUUAUGUUUGUAAUUUUAGAGGUCUGAGCCCACACUCUCCAAUGAUUCUUUAAUAAAGAGAGCCGCAUGUUUGGUAACAGACAGUACACAAACCUUCCUAUCACAGACAACGUAUGCUGUUAUUGAAUCACUUACAGAAUACACCACGGUAAGAUGGAUCUUUAGAAAGUGAUUAUCCUUACUUAUGGGUUUAUUUACUAAACUUUGAAUUUUAGCAAGUUAAAUCUUAUUUGCAAAGUUUAAAGAGUUGAUUUAGAAAUCUGAUUUUAUUUUAUUACCCACUGUAAAGCCCUGCGGAAUUUGUUGGCGCUAUAUAAAAACAUAAUUUGAUAGAGUUUAUUGUAUGGGCAUACAUAUAUUAUUAGAUCUUCAGCUACGUUAAUUUUUUCAAGUAUAUUUAAUGCAUGGUUUAGAAAAAAUAAUUGCCACCUGGCAAUAUUGGCCUAACUGUUGCAAUUUAGUUAAUAAUUUGUAGUUUAAUGAAUAACUCUAUAUGUCUCUCUCUUUUGCUGCUAAUAUGUUUUGGAGCUAAAUCCUUCAAAAAAGUGACAGAGCUGAAAUCUUUUUAGUCUAAAUUUGUGUACUUAGUUUGUGGAAAUGUUUACAGCCAAUUUAUCCAGUAUGUAGUGCUACAUCUGUUGCAGAACUAAAACUCCCAUUAUGCAUUGCCACAUUACAUAUAGCAAUACAUUAUAGUAGUUAUAGUUCUACAAACGCUAGAGGGAUACCCCUUCUAUUAUUUGUAAUGAUUGUUAUAUGUGUCUUAUAUGGGUCGUGUUCAAUGAUAGUGCAUGCUAUAACACAAUGAAAUGUGUAGUGUAUAAUUUAAGUGCAGAUAAAUCUAAAACUUCAACACACGUUUAUAUUCCCCACACAUGAUUUGAGAUUUAUUUUUGAGAAUGGUGUAUAGUUAAAGGCAUAUAACACUAAAGAAAUGAUUUUAUAAUUUUUUAUUUUUUCCAAUAUUAAUGUUACCAAAAGUAUUUAGAGAUUGUAAACUUUUGAUUCAAAUUGGUAAUCCAAAUGUUUGUAAACUAAUGGCUGUGUGUGUAUAGUUAGACAUAAAGAUCAUAGCCAUCUGCCAUACCACAGUUGCCAUCAUUGCAGUAGAUUGCAGACAAUACCACAAGCAAACAGAAAGCCACAGGAAAAUUAGUACUGCUAUGUUCCUUCAAGGGACAGUCAUACCGUCACCUGCAUGCACUUAUGGAUUUGUGUGUUGGGCUAAUGUGGUUUGGAUGCAGAGCUCUGUUUGUGUGGAUGUUCAAUGUAAAUACAGUGGUGUUUAUCUGAAGGUUCUGAGCGUGUGACUGCAAGAAUAGGUUUUAUUUUUGUUAAAGGACCACUCUAGGCACCCAGACCACUUCAGCUUAAUGAAGUGGUCUGGGUGCCAGGUCCAGCUAGGGUUAACCCAUUUUUUUUAUAAACAUAGCAGUUUUUCAGAGAAACGGCCAUGUUUAUAAUAGGGUUAAUCCAACCUCCAAAUCCUCUAGUGGCUGUUUCAUUGACAGCCGCUAGAGGCGCUUGCGUGAUUCUCACUGUGAAAAUCACAGUGAGAACACGCAAGCGUCCAUAGGAAAGCAUUGUAAAUGCUUUCCUAUGAGACCGGCUGAAUGCGCAUUCAGCCGAAAGGGAGGAGAGGAAAAAGGUAAGAUUUAAUCUCUUUCCUCUCCCCAGGGCCGGGCGGGAGGGGUACCCUGAGGGUGGAGGCACCCUCAGGGCACUAUAGUGCCAGGAAAACGAGUGUUUUCCUGGCACUAUAGUGGUCCUUUAAGGGUAAAGUAGUGUAUAAAGUUACAUAGUUGCAUAGGCUGAAAAGAGACAUGUGUCUAUCAAGUUCAGCCUUUUUCACAUUUGUUUUUUGCUGUUAAUCCAAAAGAAGGCAAAAAAAACAGGUUAAAGCACUUCCAAUUUUGCAACAAACUAGGGGGGAAAAAAAUCCCUCUUGACCACAGAAUGGCAGUCAGCUUUAUCCUUGGAUCAAGAAGCUAUUACCCUACAGUAGAAAAAUUAUAUAAUUCAAUUUGUGCAAGUAUGCAUCUAGUUGCUUUUUAAACAUCUGUACUGACUCUUAUAAACCACUUCUUCAGGCAGAGAAUUACACGUCCUUAUUAUUCUUAUGGUAAAAAAAAAACCUUUCCUUUGCCUUAGACUAAAUCUUCUUUCUUCCAGUCUAAACGCAUGACCUCGUGUCCUGUGUAAAGUCCUGUUUGUGAAUAGAUUUCCACAUAAUGGCUUGUAUUGGCCCCAGAUAUAUUUGUAUAAUGUUAUCAUAUCCCCUCUGAGACAACAUUUUUCUAACUAAAUAGGUUUAAAUUUCUGAACCUUUCUUCAUAGCCAAAAUGUUCCAUUCCUUUUAUUAAAGGGACACUAUAGUCACCUGAACAACUACAACUUAAUGUAGUUGUUCAGGUGAGAUCUAUAGCUCCCUGCAGGCAAUCUAAGUCAGUCAGCUCAGCUCGCGGCCGCCCUAUGAAGUGUGUGCGCAUGUGCGGCAAAGCCAUGCAUGCGCACAAGGGAGCAGUGACGCUUCAGAAUGGAAGCGUCUGAUUGCUCGCGCCCGUCUAUUUGGUCAUUUUGACGAAAUAGGGGGCGCCCUUCACGAGGCUCCCGGCGCUGGAACGAGGUGAGUAAAAAGGGCUGCCUGGAAUGUCCCUUUAAUUUUUGUAGCACACCUCUGCACUUUUUCUAGUGCCAUAAUAUCCUUCUUUAGAACAGGGGCUCAAAAUUGCACAGCAUAUUCAAGAUGUGGUGUACCAGUGAUUUAUAAAAAGGCUAAAUGAUAUUCUCAUCCUUAGAAUUAAUGCCCCUUUUCAUGCAUGACAAUACUUUACUGGUCUAAGCCACUGCUGAUUGACAUUGCACAUUGUUGCAUAGUUUCUUGUUUACAAAAAUUCCCAAGUCCUUCUCAUGUGUUAUCCCUAAUUCGCUUAAAUGAAGGUUAUAAAUUGCUUGUGCAUUCUUAACGCUGAAGUGCAUAACGUUGCAUUUUUCUACAUUAAAUUUCAUCUGCCAUAUGAGUGCCCAGUCUAUCUAAAUCCCUCUGCAGCAAAGUAAUAUCUUGCUCACAUUGUAUUACUUUACAGAGUUUUGUGUCAUCUGCAAACACUGAAACAUGACUUUCAAUGCUUUUUUUUCAAGAUCCUUUAUAAAUAUAUGAAAUAGGGACAAUAUCUACUUAGUAUCAGUCAGAAUACUUCAGAUUGAAUGAAUGGUAUAUCUAUACAAAUAGGAGUCUGAUACUUUAUUGCAACUUAGAAUCCGUUUCACUUUAAACUGACAGCCUGCUCGUAAAUUUGAGCUAACCCCUACAUCACUGUACCACGAUACAGGCAUUCUUCCUGAUUUGCACCUUUUUUUUUUUUUUUUUUUUUUUUUUUUUUUUUUUUUUUUUUUUUUUUUUUUUUUUUUUUUUUUUGCUUGCCUUAUAUAUUUUCCUGAGUUAGUAACGAUAAUUUGAAUAGCAGGAUUAAAGGACCACUUCAGCUCAAUGAAGCGGUCUGGGUGGCAGGUCCAUCUAGGAUUAACCCUGUCUGCUGUAAACAUAGCAGUUUCAGAGAAACUGCUAUGUUUACUUUAGGGUUAAUCCAGCCUCUAGUGGCUGUCUCAUUGACAGCCGCUAGAGGCGCUUCUCACUGUGAUUUUCACAGUGAGAAGAUGCCAGCGUCCAUAGGAAAGCAUUGAGAAUGCUUGCUUUCCUAUGGGCUGACUGAAUGCGCCUGAAUGCGCAUUAAUCCGAUGACGACCAAACGAGGAGGAGAGUCCCCAGCGCCGAGGCCGCCCGAUGCUGGAGAAAGGUGAGUGUCUAACCCCCUUUCUCCCCCUUCAGCCUGGUGGGAGUGGGACCCUGAGGGUGGGGGCACCUAGUUUGUUUUCCUGGCACUAUAGUGGUCCUUUAAGCCCCUUUUUGGGUAUUUAUUAGCACAGAUCUUAUUAGUCCUCCCCCCCCCCCCAAAUGGAGAUUAUUGAUAAAUAUCUUGUGAAGAGCUGUAACUUCAAGCCUUCACAGGUGUUUUUGUGGAUCCUUUUUGUAUCCCUUUUACCGAUUCUUUCUCCACUUUUGACAUCUCUCCCCUUCUUGUCAUUUUGGUACUUUUUACAUUUAGUAGACAUACCACGUAUUUGUACUACAACCAUUAUAAUAAAGGUAAUUCUCAGUAUCCCAGCAUUGGCAUGCGUAGGUAUAGUCUAACUUAGUAAUUCAUUCUAUGCUUCCUUUGCACUAUUUUUUCAUUGGGACUCACUUUGUUUUACUUUUUUAUGCUUUAGUUCUAUACAUAAGUGUUACUGCAAUACUUUGGUUCCCUGAGGGAACAUCUUUUUGUCCCAGAACAGAACCCUGAGGGACACCACUUGCCACGUCUUUGUUUUUAUCUGCAGGGUACGAGUGUGUGUGAAUGAACAGUCAGUUCAUUCUGCACAGAACUAGGGAUCCAUAUCCUUGUCAGACAGGGUGAGAGCACUGGCUGCUCAGCCUGCUUGCAUUCAAUUCAUUGCUGUCGAUCACAGAGAUGCUUGUCACGCAUAGCAGUGCAAUACACUAUCAAUAAUUCUGACACAGUCACAACGGGGACUAGAAUCUUUUGAGCCCUGGAUUGUUUAUCUACCGAGAAGCUAUUCUUAUGCAAUCUCAAUGUCCAAGUGAUUUAUUAUGUUACAGAGAAAUUAUAGGUAUUUUGCAAAAAUGUUAAUAAAUCAUUAACAUUUCAUCUUCAUGUUCCAUUUUUUUAUGUAUUUAGAUUCUUUAUUUUUGAAGUGCAGGGUUAAUUACACAUGUCAGUGAGAGAUAACAGAAUAACUAGGCAUAGUUAGGAGUAUUCACGAUACGCUGGACUUUAAAAAAAAAUAAAUAAAUAAAAAAAUAAUAAUUUAUUUUUAGUAAACAAGAUAAAAAAGAGAACAUCACAGGAAUAAAUUAAAGCUACACAUGCACACUCUAUAUGUUGAGUAAGACAUGAAGAAAACUACACCUACAUGUCAGUUACGCAACUGUAGUUUUCUUCAUGUCUUACUCAACAUAUAGAGUGUGCAUGUGUAGCUUUAAUUUAUUCCUGUGAUGUUCUCUUUUUUUAUCUUGUUUACUAAAAAUAACAUCAACUGUAAGUGUGUGCUGAUGGGGCUGUAUGUGUCAACAUGAGGUCAUUCAGCCAAUUCCAAGGCUUGGCAAAUCCACAGUCAGUGCCAGGAGAUUGCUGAUGGUAUAGGUGUAAUUUGGGAGCAAGCUAAUGCAUCUCUCCAGCCCCAGAUCCAAACAGAGGCCAGCAUCUGCGUGCCACGAACUCAGUAGUUUAGAAAGUCCAAAUCCUUCCCGCUCUUGGGGAACAGAAGCCCUUUGGUACUGUAUUGGUGAUGGUGAGUAGCCCUCUGUGUGCGUGAGGCUUCAGGCAUUUGCCCUUUGUGCCAUCAGCCUGGGUAGGCGUGUAGUAGGAGUAUAUGGAAGUCGUGGGUAAAGCUAUGCCUGAAGGACUACCACUUGCCCCCAAGCUCUCCCUUCUCCAUUCUGUUGCCUGGGGCAUUGUACGGUUCUGUAUUCUUGCCCAGAAGCAGGUGAAGAUGUCAUCUAAUGUGUGCAGAGACUGCUCUAGUGAGUAGUGGAGAACCCCCUCAGACUGUGAAGGUGAUUUAAGGCAAGGGAAUAGUGCGUCCGCCAUCUUAGGAGUCUCCAUGUGCGUAUGCAAGCGGAAGCAGGUCUCAGGAGUCAGUGCUGGUAAGUAUCACAGGCGCACUAAGAGUUGGUGUAGCACAGACUGGGAUAGCCACCGCUGGUCCAAAGGGGAGGAUACCCGACUCAGCCAACGAGACCCUGUGGGCUGAGAAGUCGGCCACAACUCCCACCCUUGGCCUCAAGACAGACAGUUUAGAGCCCCGCCGCAACAAGCUGAAGAAAGCUCUACUGGAGUACUCAGUAUCUUCCCGAUACCAUCUGGUGUUGGGUUAGCGCAGUUCGGCAUUCGGGUUGGCUUUAGAACUACUGAAUAAGGGGAGUAUCAGCGGAGCUCAUGUUAGAUGCGUCCGCUCAUCUUGGCGACCAAGCUGCGCCCACCCCUCUUCAUUUUUUUUCAUUUUUUUUUUAAAUAUAUCUUUAUAAAGCUGUUCUAGUUUAAAAGAAGGUAGCCUGUAUAAUUAUCCAUUAAUUACAGUUCUAUUUUUUUUUUCCAUUGUCUCUAGGCUGUAUAUACACUUAUCUCACUUCAACAAAGAUAUACUGCACUUCUUGAAAAAAUGAACCCCAAUGAGGCGAAUGCUAUUUGGCAGGUUGUUAUUGGAGCACGUGUGCAGGUAAGCAAAGUGUUUUUUUUUGUUUUUUUUUUUUCUUUCUUUUUCAUUAUUUAUAAAUUUCAGUGAACAAAGUUUCCAUUCGGCGCUAGCCAUUGGUGAGUGGAAAAUUUUAAUCUGGUAUGUAGAAAUUCACCUUUGAUGAAUGUGGGCCCUCUAAGCUUGCAGUGGUGAGUAACCAUUAAGGUCUGAUUAGUAGUAUAGGAUAUAUACGGAUGAUAUUGGAAUCAAUUAAUGUGUAGAUGAUAAAGAGCAAGAGAUCAAGAAGGAAACCUUGUGGAACCACAACAGAAAUAUCUAGUACAGGUCUCUGAGAAGGAAAUUCUGAAAGCACAAAACAAGAUGAGAUAUGAUUUGAACCAGGAAAGUACACUACCAAUGUUGUCAAGGAAGUGAAGUGUUUGUAAGAGAAAAGAAUGGACAAUUGUGGCAAAGGCAGCAGAGUGAAUAAAGUUAACUAGAGAGAUGUAUGUUUGGUUAGGCUGUGAUAUGUUACUUUGUCAUUUCAGUUGAGUGGAGACGAAGCCUGGUUGGGGAAAAGUUUGAAGCUGAAUAAUAAGUUAGUUGGUUUUAUACUAGCUUUUCAAGUAACUUAAAAAUUAGGAGGGUGCUAGCUCCAAACCGAAGCAGACGCUUAUAAUUAGAGUUCCCGGGACACUCUGACUUUUAUACGUUAUUUUCUGAACUGCAAUGCAAAAAUUCAGCCCUACCUUACUUAUAAUUACUAUGAGAAGUAAAAUUAAGCCUUAACAGAGUGAAAUGGCCCCGAUUUUUAAAUAAAAUCAGAGAAUUACUCUAAGUAACUCAGCAGCAGCGGCCUGUCAAGAUGCUGUCCGUUCGGGAAGUGUCCUACUCCACAUCAGAGGAGAGUGACAAUGAAGAUGCUGGAAGCUUCAUGAGACUGGAGAAAGCUCGAGUUGCCCAAGCAACCUAAACAGACAUGCAGAACAUCCUAACGGAAAUAAAGACCCUCUUUUCUGCAGAUAUAGCGCUGGUCUGACAGGACAUAAGCGCUGUCAGCCCAUGUGCAGGCCGUGAAAGACGCAAGCAGUACUGCGCAGAGUAAACAGGACAUGUGAAAAAAAUAGACCAGCUUAAACAAGCCAACAUAGUCUUGGAGAGCAAGAUAGCAGCGCUACAUGACUCCAUAACCUCCCAAUUAGGGGUGUCCCCAAGAAGGUGGAUGAGAAUAAAUUUCCUCACUACAUAAGACUUUGCUGACCUCCAUCCUAUCCCCUGCUAAAUCCCAAACCAUCAGGGUGUCCAAAUGACCAAAGGCCGCUCAGGGGGUCCCAAGGAACAUCCUAUUAUGCUUGUAGUAGAUUAGGAGCAAACCCAUCAUGCAGGCGACUACUCAUGCCUCCACCAUAUACCAAUUUGAGAGAGCUCACCUAUCCUUCUAUAAUGACUUCUUUAGGUCCAUUGUGGUAUGGAGACAAUGAAGCCAGUGAUAUGACUACUAAGAGACAGUGAUACUCUGUACUGUAUUGGCCUGGGACGUAAACAUUCAGUGCUGAGAAAUUCCUCCUGACACUGGACCUAUCCUCAGAGUCCACCUCCACAAGAUCUGUUCCGGAACAAACACCUGCUACUCCCACUAAGCUCUGGGAUAUACGUAAGAACAAGCCACUAUCCAAGAUCAAGGUCUCAAAACCUGGAAUUCGCUACCUGGCAUGACUGCUAAAUGAAACAAAGAUAAUUACCUUUGCAUUUGCUAUUACCUCAUGUUUCACUUCUUUUUUUUUUUUUUUUCUUUAUUUCUUUUACCAUGUCUCUGGUAAAGCUUAAACUUGCUGAUUUAGCAGUCAUCAUCAGAGUUUUUAUAGCGACACUGUCUCCUGAUGGGCUCAUAUCCCCCCUAUAACUGGCGUGAUGUACACACCUGGCACCACUGGCGGAUCCAGGGGGGGGGCAACGGGGCAAUUGCCCCCCCCGAGAAAUCCGCCGGUCUCCCUCCCCUGCCAGCACAUGCAGGUGCUAGCCCUGCAAUGUGCCUGCGGACCGGAGGGAGAUCACAGAUCUCCCUCCCCAGUCCGCAGACACUGUGCUGGCAGCCGGCAGGGGAGGGAGAGGGAGGACCCGGAGCUCAGGCUGCAGCUCCUCCGGGUCCUCCUCUCGCGAGAUUUGGAGCGUUGCCGCGGUUACCGCGGCAACGCUCCAAAUCUCGCGAGAGCGAACUCUAGCCCGGGAGCGCGGGCUAGAGUUCACUCUCCCCACUGGGACCACCAGGGAAUCCCACUGGGACCACCAGGGAUCGAAAUAUGUCCCCCCUCCUCCCCAGUAAAGGUAAGAAGGGAGGGGGGACAUAGGAUAUUUUUUUUUUUUAAAUUAAAUAGAUAUAUAUUAUUAAAAAAAGCCCCCCCUACCCUUAACACACACACAUAGCCCCCAUGCUGCCCCCCCAUACACACCUACUGCCCCAUGCUGCCCCUACCCACCGCACAUACACUGCCCCCAUACACACAUACUGCUCCCCAUACACAUACUGCUCCCCAUGCACACACACUGCCCCCAUACACACACACUGCCCACCAUACACAGACGCUGCCCUGCCCUCAUACACACACACUGCCCCCAUACACACACACUCUACACACAUACACUACCCGAUACACACACACUGCUCCCCAUACACACACACUGCCACCAUGCACACACACUGCCCCCAUACACUGCCGCCCCAUACACACACAUUGCCCACACUCACACACACACUGCAACUGUUACACACACAUACUGUCCCACACAUACACUGCAUCCCUGACAUACACUGCCCCCCUACUCACACACUACAACCUUCACACACACACACACACACACACACUGCUCACACACACACUGCACCCCUUACACAUUGCACCACUCACACACACCACUGCUCCUAUGCCCUACUACCGCCCCAUUUCCCGGCAGACCUCAGGUAAGUUGUCAAACUGUUCUUAAACGGUUUGACUACUUACUCUAGGAGGGGGUCCCGGCACUAUUGACACCAUAACCACUACACUGAGCUGUAGUGGUUAUUGUGUCUGGAUUAUUUCUUUAAAUAAUCUACAAGUGCCCCUCCCGAGAUCAGGCUCUCGAUCCGCCACUGCCUGGCACCCAGACCACUUCAUUGAGCUGAAGUGAUUUGGGUGACUAUAGUGGUCCUAUAACCCUUUAAGGACCAAACUUCUGGAAUAAAAUGGAAUCAUGACAUGUGUCCUUAAGGGGUUAAACCCAUUCGUUGCAACUAAGACGUGGCAUUAUAAGGUGUCUUUAUUAUGUCUAACCAUGCUAUGCUACAAUAAAAAUCUUAAAAUUGGAGAAAAAAAGAACUAGGGGAGAAUAAAUAUAAGGCAGAUGCAGGCUGGAAAGGAAUUCUUUAGUAGUAAUAUAUGCAUUUUUAUAGGAAGCACAGAGUGUGUUAAAGGUAAGAAAGAUAUUGAAGAUGUUUACUAAAGUUUGUGUUAAAAAAAGCAAAGUGAGAAAAAUGGUGCAAUGGUCACUCACCAUGGUGUUUAAUAUUAUAUUUAUUUAACAAAUGUGAUAUGUAUUUGUGAGGUAUGAAAAUACAUUUAAAGGAUCUGGGUGCCAGGUCCCCCAGGUUUUAACCCUUCAAAUGUAAACAUAGCAGUUUCAGAGAAAUCCAGCCUCAAGUGGCUGUCUUCCUGAGAGGCGCUUCUGCGAAAGUCGCAUUCAGCUUGCACAAUGUCCAUAGAAAAGCAUUGAGAAAUGUGCAUGCCGCUCCACUUGGGAGCUGAUGUUGGCGGGAAAGAGAGGUCACCAGCGCCGAGGGUUUCCAGUGCUGGAUUAAAGUAAGUAACUGAACGGGUUUUAACCCCUUCAGCGCCAAGGAAGGGGGACCUUGAGGGUGGGUGAUCACUAUAGUGAUCCUUUAAAGCGCCUCUGUCACUGUCCUGCAUCUUUGCGUGAAAGGAAGGUUUACAUAAGUUAUCAGUGACUUGGUCUAAUUUCCAGAAGGUUACAGUCCAUAUUUAAAGAAAAGAAAACCAGAAACCUCCCCUUCAUUUCUUGUACUAAAGCAGCUUAGUGUGGUUGUAGGUGUAGAAAGGAUUUACGUAACACUGUUGCGACUUGGUGGGGCUGUUUAACUUAAUUAUGGCCUCCAUUUAAUUUUGUUGAUGAAGCUUUUCAAAUGAUUUCUGGCCACAUAAGCAGAUGAUGAAUAGUGAUAUACAUCCUGGGAGUUAUGGCUGUUCUUUCAUGGAGCACACAGAUUUGCUGUACAAUCCCUCCGUGCCAGAACAUAAGCUUCAAAUGCAAUAUGUGGCUGUCUCUGUUGCUGUGUGGAAACGGUCAGUGAAACAUUGCUUGAGCUUGGACAGCUCCCCCUUCCUGACCAAAGGAUAUCUUAUACGAGUGAUGGUGAACCUUUUUGACCCCGAGUACCCAAACCACAAUACAUGCCAACUUUUUUUUUUUUUUUCUCAAAGUGACAACACGGCAAUUAAACCUGAAUACAGAGGUUUAAGUUUAGAAAAACAACUCGUACAGUUGUCUAAACUAAUUAACAUCUUUUAUUUUAAAAGAACACAUCAACAGAGAGUUCAGUGAUACAAAUUAUAAAUAAUGAUAUAUAAAUUAUAGAUAAAAUUAAGCUUAUAUUUAUUAGUAUCUCCAACAAAUGCCAGACAUGCAUACACACAGACUGCUGAAUACAGUCAGACUGCUGAAGACAUUCAUGCACACAGUCCGCUGAAGAGGCAGACAGAAUGCCGAGUACAUGCAGACUGCUGAAUACAUAUACAUACACACACAUACUGCAUUGAGGGGUGCAGUGUGUGGGUGCUGUGUGUGUCUGAGGGGUGCUCUGGUGGGGGGGAGAGGAGAGCAGUGUGUGGUGGGGAUGAUGCGUGAGGGGGGUGCUGCAGAUAGAAAAAUAGAAUUUUUUUAUUUUUUAAAAUCAUCCUGACAUAUACAUAAAAUCUUUAUCUCCCCCCCCCCCUUCUUCUUACCUUUGGUGAAGGAGUGGGAGACACAGCCAGCCUGUGGUGGUAAGUAUGUGUCUGGCUGCAGCUCUCCUGUUCUCCCGCGCAAUGCUGUAUGGAGCAUUGACAUGGUAAUGCAUGGCAACGCCCCACACAGCCUGCUUGCGGUAGGACAGGAGAGCUGCUUUCCAGAUCCCUCUCCCUGCCUCCAGGUCCUCCCAAUAUGGAAACAGAGGAGGCGCCUGCAGAUUUGGGAAGGCAGGUGCCUACUCUGCAUUGCUUCCGACCGGUGCCAGUGCUACCUCCACGUCCCCCGAUGACCUAUGGCCGCGUCCCCACAGAGAGAGCUCGGCAUGCCAUAGGUUCGCCAUCAUGGUUAUAUACUAAUAUUACAUUAUUACAACUGUCUGAGCCCAUAUACUAUUCCUAUUCCAUAGGCAAUUUUAGUGAUGCUCAGCAUCACAGCAGUUGUAUUUCACAACAGUACCAAUGGCGUUACAUACUUUCUUUACCCUGGACCAAGUAGGUAGGGAUGGUGAACAUAUCUUAAGUUUUCACGCGUAGAUGUGAAAAGACUCUAUUGCAUACGGCAUGGAGGUGAAAAGGUGAAAAAGAGUGGAGAGCCUGGGCAUUUGCUUUGUGUGCAGGUAGACGCCUAUGAAGUAUCAAAGGUGCAAAAAAAAUCUACUACUUUAAUUGUGUUAAAAAAUAGAUGAAGACAAUAAUUACUAAAAAAAUAAUUAUUUUCUAAGUUCUCAGUUGGCAUGUCUACAACAAGGUCUUAGCUGGUUUUUGUAUUGUUUUCUAGAUGACGAAUCUGAAAGAGCGGUAUUUGAGGUAUGAAGCUAGCUGGCAGCGGGCAGUGAGCAUUUCUGAGAUGGCAGCUGAAGCAGCUUACCAGGCUGGUGAGUACAUAUAUUCUAUAAAAAAAAAAAAAUCUUUCACUUAAUUUACUGUUUUACUACUGCUGCUGUACAGGUUCUUAUUUACGUAUCUUAAUCUUAUCUAUUCUCCCUCCUUAAUGAUCAGUGGAGAUAUUGACAUGCUUUUUAACUGUAGAACUGUAGAUUAAACGGGUACCUGUUUCUAAAUUUCAAAGAAUUAAAAAGAAAUAGCAUCUGUCAAGGGCUGUGAUAUAAAUAUCUCAUCCCAAUGCAGGGCUGUGUUAAAGAGAGAUGUUUGGACAUCUUGUGGUAACUGAUGCAUGGUUUCACUGUUCUGGCUGAGCUGUCUGGGGGAAAUGCACUCAAGUUUAAGGCACCAAAAUGUGUGGUGUAUAACAUGUCAUACCUUGUAAGAUUCCACAUACGCUAUGACUCUUAAAAAAUAAAAAAUAAAUAAUGUAUAAAGUAAACUUUGAAACCCAUAAUUCUUGCAGUUUUCAAAUUCUUGCAUGGUAUACAAGCACCUAAAAUUAGUCUAGAACAGAAAGCAUCACUAGACAAAACCAUCCUCCUGAACAAGGUCAUUAAGGCUAUUGAUACACUAAAAAAUAAAAAAGCCCCUGGUCCGGAUGGCUUCAGUGCCUACUUUUAUAAAAUUCUUAAAGAAAAAAAGGCGCCCGAACUGUCACAAGCUUAAUUAAUUUUAUUAAUCAAUCCAAAUGCCCAGCAGAAUUUUAGGCAGCCAACAUCCUUCCAAUACUUAAGCAGGACAAAGUCCCAACGUUCCUAAAAAAUUAGACUGAUAUCCCUUAUUAAUACCGAUGCUAAAAUGUUUGCAUCCAUCGUGGCAGGCAGACUUAAGCAGGUUAUUGCUCAAGUUAUCUCAAUAGGAUUCAUCCCCUGUCGAAGCUCUAUAAACAACAUCCGAAGAAUAAUUGAUAUUCUUAAUAUAGCUAAGAAAGGACAUAAAGAACUAGUCAUUACUGCGUUAAAUGCAGAAAAAAGCUUUCGGCCGGGUGAUGCGGUGAUGUUGUGUUUAGAAAUGUUUGGCUAUGGUGAUAUAUUUUGCAGGGCAAUAAAGGAUUUGUAUAGUGCACCUAUUGCAAGAACCAUUGGGCAAAACAUAUGUGCUGACUGGUUCAAUAUGGGGAAUGAAACUAGGCAGGGUUGCCCACUGUCUCCACUAUUGUAUCUAUUAACAAUCAAAGUAUUGGCAAUUCGUAUAAGAGCAGAUGGAAAUAUCCACGGAUAUGUGCUACCCCAGAGAGAAUACAAGAUCAGCAUGUACGCUGAUGACAUUCUUUUGACCCUUACAGAGCCUGAGGAGUCUCUGCCCGCCAUAAUGGAUGCAAUCUACGAAUAUUCUGAAAUAUCUAACUAUAAAUUGAAUCCCGAUAAAACAAUAAUUAUGGCCCUUAAUAUAGAGGGGGGGAAAAAAACUGUUGCGUCAAUGCUUUGACUGUCUUUGGAUGGAAAAGUUUACUUACCUGGGGAUUACGAUCUCUCCAGAAGCAGGGAACAUCCUGGAACAUUUUUUUGGCCCUAUUAAAGGAGACAAAUUUAUGUUCUAAAAGGAUGGAAAAAUUAAAAUCUUUCAUGGGUUGGAAGGAUAAACACAGUCAAAAAGCGUACAUUAUCCCCAAAUGGCUGUAUAUGUUUAGACAUCUCCCCAUUCAAAUACCUGAAAGCUGGUAAGGUUUGGCUCAGAGGAGUAUCUCUUUGUUUGGCAGGGCAAAAGACCUCGCAUUAGUAUUAAGAGGAUGACAUUACAAGUGAAACAUGGAGGUUUUGGCAUGCCAAUCUUACAAAACUAUUAUUUAGCUAACAUGAUUGGCCGCAUAUAUCUGAUGCAGACUGCAGAUAUGCAAAGAAAGUUGGUUUCAAAUUGAAUCACAUCUGACUCAACCGUGGGAUCUUACCAGUUGCAUUCAGGAGACUCAAAGCCAUAAAUGGCGAGAUCUUCAUGAUAAAAGCUUUGUUGGAUCACCUUUUUAAGGUCUGGGCCCAAUUAAAGAAAAAUCUAGGAGUACAGAAUAAAAUAAUUGAUACUAUUGGUAUCUGUGUAAUAGUAAAAAAACAUUCCAGAUCUAGACAUAGAUAAAUGGAUUAAAUCUGGUAUUCUUAAGGUGGCUGACCUUUACACCAAUGGAACACUGAAAUCCUUUUCUGAGUUGAACCUAGAAUAUAAUCUACCAACUAAGGAAACUUUUACAGUUUCAUUAUUAUUACUGGUAUUUAUAUAGCGCCAUCAUAUUCCGUAGCGCUUUACAACAUUAUCAAAGGGGGAGAUUUAACAAUAAAUGAGACAAUUACAAAAACUUGUAAAGUGAAGUAGAGCUGGAUGAGAAAAUAGUGCUGCCCUUUAGGAGAGAGCAAGGGACAGGUAUGUGAGGUAGAGGUUAUUUUGGGAGGCCAUAAGCUUUCCUAAAGAGAUGGGUUUUGAGGCACUUUUUAAAUAAUUGAAGACGAGGGGAGAGCUUGAUGGUCGUAGGCAGGCUAUUCCACAGGAAAGGAGCCACCCGUGAGAAGUUCUACAAGCGUGAGUUGGCUGUACAGGUGCAAGCAGCAGACAGGAGAAGGUCAUGGGCAGAGCAGAGAGACUGAGAAGAGGCAUACCUGUGGAUCAGUGAAGAAAUAUAGGAGGGGAUAGAAUUGGUCAGGGCUUUGUGUGGAUUAGUACCUUGAAUUGACUCCUAUAGGAUACAAGAAGCCAAUGUAAUGAUUGACAGAGGGGAGAGGUGUGAGAGGAGCGACAGGAGAGGAAAAUCAGUCUAGCUGCAGCAUUCAUUACAGACUGUAGGGGGGGCAAUACGACUUGUGGGAAGACCUAUUAGGAGAAAGUUACAAUAAUCCAUGGAAGAGAUUACAAGAGCAUGGACAAGCUCCCUAGUAAGCAUCUUAUGUAAGAAAGGGGCGGAUGCAGCCUAUGUUUUUAAGGUGGAAUCUACAGGAUUUGGUAACAGACUGGAUGUGAGGCCAGAAUCAAGUAUAAUGCCAAGACAGCGCACUUAGAAACAUAGAAUGUGACAGCAGAUAAGAACCAUUCGGCCCAUCUAGUCUGCCCACUUGCAAGGAUGGAUCUUUUUAAAGUGUAUUAACAUUGUCUAAGGUGCAUAGGAUAUUAUUUCUUAUUCUGGUACCUUGGUGCAUCAAAAUCUGUAUACCAGACCACCUGGACUAAAAGAACCAAGUACUAGCAAUUUGCUUGUUGGCAAAACGUGUCUUGAUUGAGAAUAUUAUAAACUUUUUAUUUUUUAUAAUAGUAAUCUAUAUGGUUUAAUAUAAUAUUAAACAAAAAAUUUUUUUAACUUGUGACUAAUAGGAGUCACUUCUGUUUAUUAUUGCGAAGCUACUGCACAGGUCUAUUAUAGAAUGCUAUAUGCAUAUAACACACAGCUUUAUUUGUCUCACCAUUAUUGAAAGGAGGUGAUAAGGGGAAGCUAAAGUGCAUGUGGUUUUGCUUUUUUUUUUUUUUUUUGCACAAAAUAACAUGUAUUUAUUUAAAAAGGCAAAUGUGACUUUUGAAUGAUUCUCUAUCUGAUGCAUACCUGCACCAUAGAAGUGCAAGUUUGAAUUCAUACAGCAGUUUAAUUGCUUCAGUGGCACAUUUAUAAAUUAAACCAUUUAUCAAGCCCAUUUUCUCUUCACUCGCACCAUUAAAAUGGAGGAUUGCACAUUGUGCUGAUAUAGAGAAAAGAGUGGUGCUAAGAUACUCCGCAGGACUUUGCAUCUGAAACUGAGUUUACCCAGCACCGAAGCUGGCCACAUGUUGAAGGCUUUGUGACCAAACUCAUCGAUUUUCUUUGUGCACAGUUCAUAUGUGCCAGGAUGUAACGAACUGGUUCUGUUGACUACCCGAACCAUCUAGUGAUGCCGACUGCUGAAAAAAUACAGUAAUAUCCUGAAAUGGUCAAUGCCCAGUAAAGCACCCUUGACUUUUAACUUUUCUUAGUCUAUUUAAAGGGACAUAAUAGUCCCCACAACCACUACAACUGAAUGUAGUGGUUAUGGUGUCUAGAGCCUGCAGACUUUUUUUUUUUAUGUAAACCUCCUUUACAGAGAAACUAAGCUGUAGUUGUUUACAGUGCUGCCUAGUAACACCUCUAGUGGCAGUCACUUAGACCGCCAUUAGAGGUGCUUCCUUGUCCAGUACUGCACAAUGUGCAACAUAUACGUUCAAAGCCUCCAUGGCUGAAUAAAGACAAAUGCUCCCCAUAGAGAUGCAUUUAUUAAGUGCAUUAGCGCAGUAAGUGCAUCUCUCUGGGGAGUGUUCAGCGUUGGCAUGGAGAUUCUGAACGUAGGUGGUGCACACUGUGCAGCACUGGACAAGGAAGUGCCUCUAGUGGCCGUCUGAGUGACUGCCACUAGAUGUGUUCCUAGGCAAUAAUGUAAACACUGCCUUUUCUCUGAAAUGACAGUGUUUGCCUUAAAAAGGCUUUAUGGAUAUAUUAUACUACAUUAAUCUGUAGUUAUAGUGACUGUAGAGUCCCUUUUAAAAUAACUUUGUUCAUGACAUUUUUUUAUUUGCAGUAAAUUCCUAGGUUCUGCUGGUUUUUGCUAUGGACACUGCUUAGACUUGAGUUUAUCCCAUGCAAUUCUGCACAGCAGGGUUAUUUUCACUCCACACCUGUGUCAAUAUUAGAGUCCAUAGUGCUUUCUUCCCUUGCAAACAGAGAUGUUUGUCCCUUUUGCCUCUUUACCAGCUUUUUAUAAAAAAAAAAAACAACAAAAAAACAGAAUGACAGUGUCUUGGGCUUCAAAUUCAGGGACAUUGAGGAAAUGGUGGUGGCUUGUGAUGAUGACAUGGUAUUCUUUAUUUAUAUCCUCUUAUAUAUUUCCUCUUUUAAUGUUUCUCUCCCAGACUCAUAAGCCGCCAAAUUACAGCAACACUCGUGGAGCCCCGUGUCUUGUUUCACACCAUAUCCAUUAACCCCUCUCAAGGCAUUUUUGCCUUCCUGAAGUCAUCACUGUUUGGGGGGGGAGGGGUCAUCAUUUAUUUUGGUCUCUCUUCUAUCUUGAAAUACUGCAACAUAUGUAUUGCAUCUUUAUGAGUGAUAUGUACUGAUAUCCAAAAUAUGACAGCCCUCCAUACUGUGAUGCUGCAGAUGGGGCAUUAGCAUUAUCAGUGUGGCUAAAUAGUCUGCAUGUUUUUCCAAAUGCAAAAAUCUCUUUGAGCUUAGAGCUAAAGAAAUUUUUGCAAGUUGCAGAAGUUAUGCAAUAUCAGGGAGACACAGGGUGCCUCUUGCCACCAUAACCUGGAAGGAACAUAAGUUGCUCAUAUGCUUACCUGUAAAGUAGUUAAUGUCUUUGUGGUGGAACAUACUGUUAGAUUCGUAUUGGCUCGUGUGUUUUAUCUUUUCCGUUUGGGAGUUAUUGCAUCCGAAUAAUCCACAUUCAACUCCUGAAUGAGGACCACACUGGUACCCCACUAGUACGUUUUCACCUAUUAACUUGAGGGCAAAACUGCAAAGUAAGUAAUGAAUGUUUCCUCUGGGUGGCUGCCAUUUCGUAAACAGAAUGCACGUGGUCAACAAAAGUGGCGGCCAUUUUGCCUUUUUUUUUUUUUUGUACCUGAGAGAUAAUUGGAUUAUAGGUUUUUCUCACUAAAUUAUCUAUCUCUCAGGCACAAAGGACCCUGGGAAGGGAAACCCUACAUUAUUGUGUUGGAGACCCCAUGUAGGGUUUGUGCAUAAAAGCCAUGUGUGGCCUGAAAUUAAUUAGUUGACUCCCAGAACUAUGUUUUGUCUGGUUACUGGAUGUCUGCAUGUUUUAAUGGUUCCAGUCUGGCUGAGAGAAGGAAUUAGCGGAGGUAACCAAUCGGGUUACCCGUGGUCUGCUACAGUCAUACAUUAAGUUUAAUUUCUGUCUCUUAAAUUUUUUUUAUUUAAUAUAUUUAUACUUCUUUAUUCUUAGUGCCCCACCUCUCUCUACAUCGUUCCUCCACUAUGUGUAUAAUUGAUUCUGAUUUGGUAGGUUUUUUUUACCAGUGCUAUAUGUAGAUUAACUUAAUAUAAUGAAGUAAAAUCUGUCACAAUUUAUGAUUUUUAGGUUUGAUUUGAAUUUUACACACCUAUGCAUGAAAAGCAAUUCAUCCCCACUGUUGUUUUUGUGAAUAUUUCAUUUUAAAUUAACUAUUCAGAUAUUAAUGCAUGAAAUUGAUGGUGCAGGCUAGUUUUGCAUACAUUUAGUGGAAAAAAAAAAGUAUAGCAGAACAUAAAACACACUGGGGUAAGGUUUUUUUUUUUUGAAAAAUGUUUUUUUUUGACCCAUUAAAUUAUUGUUCUGUUUUGUCUGUAAAGCAUAACUGGAGACCACUUUCUUUCUGGCAAUUUUAAAUAGCCACAGUAGUUGUGGCUUAAUGGAGGCUUCUCUCAAUAUUUAUGUAUAAUUGCAUGCAGUAAAAAGUAUUUGCACAUGUAUCAAAUGUCCUAAUUCUGUAUAUUCCCCUUGUUUUAUACACUGUUUAAAAAAAUAAAGGGAACACAAAAAUAACACAUCCUAGAUCUGAAUGAAUUAAAUAUUCUUAUGAAAUACUUUGUUCUUUACACAGUUGAAGGUGCUGACAACAAAAUCACACAAAAAUUUAAAAAUGGAAAUUAAAUUUUUCAACCCAUGGAGGUCUGGAUUUGGAGUCACACUCAAAAUUAAAGUGGAAAAACACACUACAGGCUGAUCCAACUUUGAUGUAAUGUACUUAAAACAAGUCAAAAUGAGGCUCAAUAGUGUGUGUCCUCCACGUGCCUGUAUGACCUUCCUACAACGCCUGUGCAAGCUCCUGAUGAGGUAGCGGAUGGUCUCCUGAGGGAUCUCCUCCCAGACCUGGACAGCAUAUGCCAACUCCUGGACAGUCUGUGGUGCAACGUGACGGUGGAUGGGCGUGCCAGUCCAUAGCAUCAAUGCCUUCGUCUUGCAAGAACUGCUGACACACUCCAGCCACAUGAGGUCUAGCAUUGUCUUGCAUUAGGAGGAACCCAGGGCCAACUGCACCAGCAGAUGGUCUCACAAGGGGUCUGAGGAUCUCAUCUCGGUACCUAAUGGCAGUCAGGCAACCUCUGGCGAGAACAUGGAGGGCUGUGCGCCCCCCAAAGAAAUGCCACCUCACACCAUUACUGACCCACUGCCAAACCGGUCAUGCAGGAGGAUGUUGCAGGCAGCAAAACGUUCUCCACGGCGUCUCCAGACUCUGUCUCGUCUGUCACAUGUGCUCAGUGUGAACCUGCUUUCAACUGUGAAGAGCACAGGGUGCCAGUGACAAAUUUGCCAAUCUUGGUGUUCUCUGGCAAAUGCCAAACGUCCUACACGGUGUUGGGCUGUAAGCACAUCCCCCACCUGUGGACAUCGGGCCCUCAUGGAGUCUGUUUCUGACCGUUUGAGCAGACACAUGCACAGUUGUGGCCUGCUGGAGGUCAUUUUGCAGGGCUCUGGCAGUGCUCCUCCUGUUCCUCCUUGCACAAAGGCGGAGGCAGCGGUCCUGCUGCUGGGUUGUUGCCCUCCUACGGCCUCCUCCACGUCUCCUGAUGUACUGGCCCGUCUCCUGGUAGCGCCUCCAUGCUCUGGACGCUACGCUGACAGACACAGCAAAGCACCUUGCCACAGGUCGCUUUGAUGUGCCAUCCUGGAUGAGCUGCACUACCUGAGCCACUUGUGUGGGAGUAGACCACUAGAGUGAAAGCACUGCCAGCACUCAAAAGUGACCAAAACAUCAGCCAGGAAGCAUAGGAACUGAGAAGUGGUCUGUGGUCACCACCUGCAGAGCCACUCCUUUAUUGUGGGUGUCUCGCAAAUUGCCUAUAAUUUUCACCUGUUGUCUUUCCCAUUUGCACAACAGCGUGUGAAAUUGAUUGUCACUCAGUGUUGCUUCCUAAGUGGAAAGUUUGAUUUCACAGAAGUGUGAUUGACUUGGAGUUACAUUGUGUUGUUUAAGUGUUCCCUUUAUUUUUUUGAGCAGUGUAUAUUGCUAUGCUUUACUAAUAUCUGCUGCAGCAAAAGCAACAUGCUGGCUACCCUUUGCUUUGCAGAGGUUUAUGGACUAUGUUUCUUUAAUUAAACUCCAACUUUUUAAGGCAACAUAAACUGUGAUUUAACCCCUAAUCAAAAUUUAAAGGACUACUCUAGGCACCCUGACCACUUCAGCUUAAUGAAGUGGUCUGGGUGCCAGGUCCCUCUAGGAUUAACCCCUUUUUUUUUUAUUUCUUUUUUUUAUAAACAUAGCAGUUUUAGAGAAACUGCUUUGUUUAUAAAUGGGUUAAUCAAGCCCUCAAAUCCUCUAGUGGUGGUCUCAUUGACAGCCGCUAGAGGCGCUUGCGUGAUUCUCACUGUGAAAAUCACAGUGAGAACACGCAAGCGUCCAUAGGAAAGCAUUUACAAUGCUUUCCUAUAAGACAGGCUGAAUGCGCGUGCAGCUCCUGCCGCGCAUGCGCAUUCAGCCGAAGAGGAGGAUCGGAGGCGGAGAGCUCCCCGCCAGGCGCUGGAAUAAAGGUAAGUUUAACCCCUUUCCUCGCUAUCCAGCCCGGCGGGAGGGGGCACUUUCAGGGCACUAUAGUGCCAGGAAAACGAGUAUGUUUUCCUGGCACUAUAGUGGUCCUUUAAGAAGUGGAAUGAAAUGUCAGUAUAAAUGCUAACAAUUUUGAAAAAAAAAAAUGCCUAAUCCUGUAUAUUUGUUUUGGCUUACAUCUUUACUAACAGACCCAGGAUGCAAGUGAGGCCUAGACACUUUAAUGGAAUCUGUUUUGGUCUACCUUUCUUAGGAAAGGUAAGCCAUGAUUGUAACCAAACCGUUAAUAUUUGUGAGAGCAGCUGAUAACGGAGAUAUGACCAGGGAUUCCAGGAAGUAAACAUGCGUCCUGCUAUCAUCAUAGUGCAGUCAAAAUAUCUAUGAUGUAUUCAGUUUAAAUUGUGUCCAGACUAAAGUGUACUGUACAUGAUAGAAUAUGGGCAAAAAUAACAUUACACUUUGUUUUUCCCCCUGUUUCAUAAAUAGGUGCGGAUGAGGCUUCUGUUAGUGUGCGAAAUCAUAUCCAACUGGUACAAACCCAGGUUUCUGAGACUCGUGAGUUAGCUUUGAAGGCUGAAGCUCAGUUGGCUGCUGCCCAGACAGAAGAGAUCAGAAGGUCUAUCACAGAAGACAAAGAUAAAUCCCCUAAUGGAGGCAGUCCACGGAUCAGCAUCUCUGAUGAGGAAAUUCCUGAAGCUUACCUGCGUGAAGAUUAAAGUAACACUUCAUUUUCAUUUACUAACAGACACAAAGGCACAGUAUACCUACCAGUAUGUUGCUCUAGGUGGCAUAUUGGCCGAGUUUAACCAGUUGCCAUCAAUGACCAUUCUCACUGAAGGAAUCCAUGGUGAAGGAAAAGUUAUCAAAUGCUUUUACCAACCUUAAAUGUUAACCACUGCUGAAAUCUUUGGCUGAAACAGUGAUACUUCAUCUUUCUGAAACCUCCUAACCUGACCCCUUGAUGCAAGGUUUGUAUUUACAAACAGGAAAUGUGUCAAAGAAAUUGUAAAACUUAAGCUAUGAAGCAAGCCUAAAUAGCCCAUGCCAUAGAAAGAGCAUGUGUCUCUUUAUCUUGAAUGAGCUGCACAUGAAUUAAUAAUUGACUGUGAGGGCCAAAUUCAAUUUUUUUUUCUCUAAUGUUAAUUGUUUUGACAUAGAGAAAGAAAAGAUGAUAACCAAUAUUCCUUGUAUCCUCUAUACCAGCUUAAGACUUUGCUGGUAGAGGAACUGUUGUAAGGUUUUAUAUUUCUGGCAGCCAAAGGGGGUUAAGUGCCUUCUACCCCAACAAAUGUACACAUGUAUGACUUUCUUUCUGACUGCUUUUAAGUCAUGAGUCUGGAGAAGAGAGUUUAAAUUAGAAAGCUGGAGGGGGGGAGAAAUUCUUGAUAGAGAAAAUUUUGGUAUAGCACUUAUCUCCUAGUCAAACUUACAGCACUUCACAGUUUAAUAAUGAAAAUUAAAAAAAGAGCAAAAAAAUAAAACUAAUUUCCGUAUGCAUGCUGUGAUAUGGUGCCUCAUAUUGCUGGCCCUACUUUGUUAGGAAUGUUUGUGAGCUAAAAAGGAGUGCUAACUAGUGGUCACGUCAGGGGCUGAGAGUUUACGAAUAUUCAGGAAUAACGUCUGUAGUGUAAAACCUUCUCAUGCUAAACUUGUGUAUUUACAGAGCUGUAUCUUGAUCUGUGUUUGGUCCAGACAAUUCAUAUAGACACAUUGCCCUGGCUUACCAGCAAAUACUCUUAAUGCUGUAAUUAGCAGACCAUAAAAGGAAACAUAGUUCAAAGGUUAGAGCUGGGGUGCCCAAAAGGUAGAUCCCCAGACAUUUUAAAACUACAGCUUCCAUAAUGCGUUGUCAUUCUAAAGGCAUGGAAAGCAUCAUGGGAGUUGUAGUUUUACAACUUCUGGGGUUCUAACUUUUGGGCACUCCUGGGUUAGCGUAUUACAGUAACGCUCAGAGUGUUAGAAGUUGGUGAUUAUUUAGACAUCACAUCUCAGAAGAGGUUGAAUGGGGUGGGAGAUAUAUAUAUCUCUCUCUUUAGUCUUCCAGCAGUUGUGCACAAUCCAUUAUUAAUUAUGAGAAAUCUAAUCCCACAAAAGCUUGAGCGCUACAGUUGGCUAUUCCUUAUUGUAAACACUUAAAGUUCGCAUUUUCCAAUUUCUAACAAGGUACUAACACAAUGCACUCAAUUUUCUAUGUAUUUUUAUAUUAUCUUCUACAAAACCAAAACAAGAACCUUGUGGAAGAAGAAGGGUUGUUACAAGUUCUGCGUAGCCUUGAAUAAUAAAGAUUAGUAUUCAGUAGUAUAUUGUUAAGAAUUCAAAGUGUCUUUAUAAUGAAUUUCAUAAUGAAGUCAAAGUAGCUGAACUGGAAUUUUCCAUUUUGGUAAUUUUUCCUUAAAGGGACACUAUAGUCACCAAAAUCAACUUUAGCCUACUGAAGCAGUUUUGGUGUAUAGAUCAUGCCCUGCAGUCUCACUGCUUAAUCCUUUGCCAUUUAGGAGUUAAAUCACUUUGUUUAUACAGCCCUAGUCACACCUACCUGCAUGUGACUCUUCCUGAACGCUUCCUGUAAAGACUCAUCUAAUGUUUAUACUUCCUUUAUUGCAAAUUCUGUUUAAUUUAGCAACUAUCUCCUGCUCUGUUAAUAGCUUGCUAGACCCUGCAAGAGUCUCAGGUGUGUGUGAUUAAAGUUCAAUUUACAGAGCAAAGGUAAAAACUUGAAAAAAAUUCUUCAAGCAGAUGGUGUCAAUCACUACCAGGGGAGGUGUGGCUAGGACUGCAUAAACAGAAACAAAAGUUAUUAACUCAAACUGCAGAUAAUUGAGCAGUGAGACUGCAGGGGCAAGAUCUAUAUACCAACACUGCUUCAUUAAGCUAAAGUUGUUUUGGUAAAUAUAGUGUUCCUUUAAAUCUGAAAUUCACAUUGAACUCUUGACAGUUCUCAUUUUAGUAAAUAUUCUGGUUAGUGGCAUCAAUGUAAAGAAAAACAAAAACCACUGGAGCUUUCUAAAAUAAGUAAGCACCUUGCAAUCAUUUUCAGGAAAAAGGCUAUGUAAUGUCCUACAGAACCAAAUCUUGUCCAUAUGUUUAUGAAGGUGGGCAGCAUUUCUAGAAUGUGAAAAAUUAAUGUUUGCAAAUAAAGUAUAUUCUGAUGUUCUUGUGAAUUUACUGCUGCAUCUAGUCACUUUACACACAAUAACGGUCUCCCAUCCAGGUACUAAACAGACCACCGUCAAUAAACUCAUAAGAUCAAAUUAUAUUGUGCUGUUUUACACUCUGUUCCAAAUUAUUAUGCAAAUGAUAUUUUU